AGUUUCCGAAGUAGUAGCUUUCUGUCGUCGUCGCUCCAAGUAGCGAUGCUUCCCGCUGCUGCCAUGUAUUAUUUCCCGUGGGAAAUUAAGUGUGGAGCGUUGCAUGAUGGACAGUCUGUGCGAACAUUUGGGAGACUCACCUAUUACGACCCGGAGAAGUCCCAGGCUUCCCUAACCGUUCAGCACGCUUCCGAAGACCACCAAGUAGUCAUCAACACCUCGUUUGUGGAACCGUUUAAUCCCAUAAUUGGAGCCCAGUAUGUAGUUCUGGGUGAUAUACAAACAGGCGAAGGGGUUGACAUCAGGGUGUGUGCGCGUGUGCUUAACUGCGUGGAUGGUGUAAACAUUGCCCUUCUGCAAAAAGCCAUCAAUGAACAGAGGAGCUUCUUCAGGGAAAGGCAGCGCCAAGUUGAGGGUGCCGCUGUGUAACACGGAAUUGCAACUUGAUUUUCGACAUCCUUGCGGAUUGACGACAAUGUAGACAUUUAGAUGAAUCGAUCGCCAAAAUGCAUUUGUUGUGUCAAUGACUUCUUUGAUAUUCUGAAUUCCUGUCCAGAAUACAAUGCAGGUCAUAUCACACAAAGAAAAGACUAGUUUUGCUGCAACCUUGCUCUACCUCAGAUUUUUAGAGAAACUGACAUUUACAAUACACUAAUUGUAAUGUCUUUUAAGUAGAUUUUCCGUUUACUUUUCUUCGCUCAAAUGCUUCAUGGAUUUUCUGCUAAAUCUUUAGUUCCAGCCUGGAUAGAAAAGCAGUGAUGUAG